CCUAAUAGUAAGAGCCCUAAAUGAAUGAAUGACAAAGCUUGGGUUGCUUUGUUCCAUAGGCUCGGGUCUGGGUGGGCGUUGCUGCUCUAUCAGCUUCUCUACGAGAGGUUUCCAGACCACCUCAUUCUCCGCCGCCGCCUCCUCUGCCAAAAUGUCAACGGAAUUCUAUACGUUCGGCCCGUACAAGAUAGACCCCAAGGAGGUCUUCUUCUCCACCCCCCUUUCCUAUGCCAUGGUCAACCUCCGUCCUGUUGUUCCAGGUCAUGUGCUUGUCUGCCCAAGGCGUGAAGUUAAGCGGUUUGUUGAUCUCACUGUUGAAGAGACGCAAGAUUUAUGGCUAACAGCACAGAGGAUCGGUGGAGGGAUUGAGCGUUUCCAUAAGGCGUCAUCACUCACUUUUACCAUCCAAGAUGGACCAAAGGCAGGGCAGACUGUUGCUCAUGCUCACGUUCAUAUCCUUCCAAGGAAAGAUGGUGACUUUGAGAAUAACGAUGAGAUCUACGAUGCAAUAGAUGCAAAGGAGAAGGAACUGAAAGGAAAGCUCGAUUUAGAUAAAGAAAGGAAGGACAGAAGUAUGGAAGAGAUGUGUAAAGAAGCAGAGGAAUACAGGUCGCUUUUUGUGUUGCCCUGACAGCCAUGUUGCAUAUGAACACAUCGCACUGGAUUUCCCCGUCGUUGAUAGUUCUUAACUUUUUUGCAACUUUCUUUCGUUUUCGUGUGUCUGGACGAAGAAUAUUAUCAUAUAUUGUUGUUGUUGAUGAUGAUGUAGUUACUUCAGCAUGUAGUUAAUGUGGCCAGCAUUUAUGUGCUGUAAUAACAAAGCUUAUGUUAAACAGUGAAAGUAAGGUAAGUGUUUCAAUGAAUUAUAAUUGAAUUGUUUGCAUGAACUAGAA